AUGCCUCGCGGUCAGAAAAGUAAGCUCCGUGCCCGUGAGAAACGCCGCCAGGCUAGAGAAGAACCCAAAAAUGUGGCGGGUGCUCAAGCCACUGUAGCAGAGGAAGAAAAGUCUCCCUCUUCCUCAUCUCCUCAUGUCGAAGAUACUCUGCAGCCGUCAUCUGCUGCUGGAACACCAAGCAAUCCGCAAGAACCUGCAACGGCCCCAUCUGCCACCACUGCUGCUGCAGCUGGUUCAUACACAAGAUCUAAUGAUGAAGGUGCCAACAAUCAAGCUGAGGAAAGGCCAAAUGCCUCACAGGCCCAGGGUACCAUUAAAUGCUGGCAAAGAGAUCCCAUAGAAGAGAAGGUUGCUAUGUUGGUGCAUUACCUGCUGUACAAGUAUCAAGUGAAAGAGCCCAUUACAAAGGGAGAUAUGCUGAAAAAUGUAAUCCAGAUGUACAAGAACCACUUCCCUGAAAUCCUGAGAAGAGCUUCUGAUCACCUGGAGCUGGUCUUUGGCCUUGACAUGAAAGAAGUGGAUCCCAACAGAAACACCUACGUCCUCAUCAACAAAUUAGAAUUAAGCUGUGAUGCAACCAGAGGUGUGCCUAAGACUGGCCUGCUGAUGACCGUCCUGGGCAUAAUCUUCACAAAGGGCAAUUGUGCCCCUGAGGAGCAAGUCUGGAAAGUGCUAAAUAUGAUGGGGGUAUACGAUGGGGAGAAGCACUUCAUCUAUGGGGAGCCCAGGAAGCUCCUCACCGAAGAUUUGGUGAAAGAAAAGUACCUGGAGUACCGGCAGGUGGCCAACAGUGAUCCUCCAUGCUAUGAAUUCCUAUGGGGUCCAAGAUCCCAUGAGGAAACCAGCAAGAUGAAAGUCCUUGAGUUUGUGGCCAAGAUCCAUGGUACCGUUCCGAGUGCCUUCCAAACCUGUUAUGAAGAGGCUUUAAAAGAUGAGGAAGAGAGAGCCAAAGCCAGAGUUGAAGCCAGAGCUCGUACCGCUGCCAUGGCCAGUGCCCGUUCCAAGGGCAAGUCCAGCAGCCUCUCCUGCCGUAAGUGA